AUGGUCGACAUCAAAACCUCGGACAAGCGGCAGCCCCGCCCCAACUUGCUCAAGCCUGCGCGCCAGGCGCCGCUGCACUUCCGGCUGCGCUAUCUCAAGUUCAAAUGCAGCUCGGUGGUGCAGACCAUCGAUUUUUACCAGUCGCUUGGUAUGUCGAUCGACUGGCAGUACGAACUGAAGCCCGGCGAUCCACGCGGCGCCAAGACGGUCUUCUCGCUCACCUACGAGCAGUCGUCAGACUCGUCGCACUACCACGCGAUGCACCUGGUCUUUGAACACCGCAAGAGUUUGGAGCCGCAACAGCAAGCGCAACAGGACGAGAGCGGAAGAGAUAUCAAGAAGCGGCAUCAAUACGAGUAUCUUGUCAUCUAUGUGCACUUCUUGGCCAGGCUGUUCAAGCGUCUGGAGACGAAAGGGUUCAAGGUCAUCAUGGCCCCAACCGAUAUCUCUGAGAUGAAGGUCGCCAUAUUCCAGGACCCAAACGGCAUCCAAUGGUUUGCCCGUUUGGGCUAUUACACCAUUCCCUCGACGCAAGCCGAAGACACCGUGCGAUUCUUUGAAAAGAUCUUCCAGCCACUGGAUCUGCCUCCCCUCCCUCGCGGAGAGGGACCGCACGGGCUGCGGCACUCCCCACAUCGCAAUCUGCCUCUGUCGGUCGCUGGAAAGUAUGGCCCACGAAUCCGCAAGACCAGCGCGGUCGCUGCAGUCAAGCAUGGAAUUGCUCAGCCCGAUGGAUUCCGGCUCGUCGACAUGGAGGACUUUAUAUUGGGCUUGACUCACUACGGAUACUACUGGAUGGGCAACGAUCUGCGCGAAUCUGUCUUCACCUUGUGCUUCACGGAGCGCGGAAUGGCUGGGGCCCCACCCGUCGUUCCCACCCCGCAAAAGAACCGCCUCGUUUCGAAGCUCCUCGCAAUAGGCUUUGAGGUCGUGAAUCUCGAUGGAGCCAUCAACCAAAUCAAGAAGGACCACAAAGAUGUCAAGCUCGACUGGGACGAGGAGAAGACGACGAUCGAGGGUAUCGGGACGUUCAGUCGAUUCUUUGAAACCACCAAUGGGACGUGGGUGGAGUUGCUGCAGCACAAGAUCGAGCAGCCUACCAAGGAUAAUGCCACUACCACAGCCGCACCGACACAGCCCAAACCAACCAUCGACCUCAUCGAGUCGCUGCGACGCAAGAGUCCCAAAUACGUCAUCAACAUCAAUCAUCUCCGCGGACAGGCCAAGACGCUCUCGGAAGCCGCUAUCGAGGAAGUUGGGCUGCCGCCGAUGAUGCGCGAGAUCACCACGGCACCGGCCACCAAAGAAGAGGCAGACAGCGCACUGAAGCAAAGCGAGCCACUGUACUUUGACCAGCUGGUCUAUGGCUCAAGCGCAAGCAUCGGUAAGCGGUAUGAAGAAAGCGGUGGAUCUUCUUCCAUCAGUAGGAGCGAAAGCAACGGCAGUGGCUCGGAGGAGAGUGAAGAAGAUGAUGAUGCCGAGGAGCCGGCUGGUGACGAUGAGCCCGGGAUCGAGAGAGAAACGGAGCACCCCGAGGGCGACGGCCCGAACGACGGAGCCCGCAAGAAGAAGCACAAAAAGUCCAAGACCGGACAAAAGAAAAAGGACCGUGCGCCGUCUCCGCGAGCCUUCCAGCCCGACAAGAACAAGAGCACCAGCCUCGAAUGGUAG